CUCAUCAGGAAGUUUCGGCAGGCGUCCCGGAGCCUGGCCACGGCCCCGGGGUGACUUCUCGGGUCACUCGGGUCCCCAACCUCACGGGCAGGCCGCGUCCAGACGAUGUGCGCCUGGGCCGGGAGCGCGCUGCUGCUGCUCCUCUUCAUGCAGACCGCUGCCCCGCAGGGGCGACCGCUGCGCUCCCACACCCUGCGCUACCUCUUCAUGUGUGCCUCAGAGCCCGAGCUUGGGCUGCCCUUGUUUGAGGCUCUGGGCUACGUGGACGACCAGCUGUUCGUGUCCUACAAUGGUGAGAGUCGUCGUGCUGAACCCCGGGCUCAGUGGAUUGGGAGGACCUCGAGCCGGAUGUGGCUGCAGCUCAGUCAGAGCCUGAAAGGGUGGGAGCACAUGUUCAUUUUGGACUUCUGGACUAUCGUGGACAACCACAACCACAGCAAGGAGUCCCACACCCUGCAGGUGAUCUUCGGUUGCGAGGUGCAGGAGGACAACAGCACCAGGGGUUUCUGGAAGUAUGGAUACGAUGGGCAGGACCACCUCGACUUCUGCCCUGAGACACUGGAUUGGAAAGCAGCAGAACCUGCAGCCCAUCCCACCAAGCUGGAGUGGGAAAAGAACAAGAUUCGGGAGAAGCAGAACAAGGCCUACUUGGAGAAAGACUGCCCCGGGCAGCUCCAGAAGUUCCUGGAGCUGGGGAAAGGGAUUCUGGACCAGCCAGUACCUCCUUUGGCGAAGGUGACUCAUCAUGUGGCCCCUGCGGCGACCACUCUACAGUGUCAGGCUCUGAGGUUCUACCCCCAGAACAUCACCAUGAGAUGGCUGAAGGACAAACAGCUACUGGAUGCCAAGGAGGGUGGGCAGAAGGACGUGCUGCCCAAUGGGGAUGGAACCUACCAGGGCCAGGUGGUCUUGUCUGUGCCUCUUGGGGAGGAGCAGAGGUAUACUUGCCUAGUGGAGCAUGAAGGCCUGGAUCACCCCCUCACCGCCACCUGGGAGCCUUCGCCAUCUAGUGCCCUGGUCAUUGGAGUCAGCAGUGGCAUCAUUGUCUGUGUCAUCAUCUUCUUUACUGGAAUUUUGUUCCGAACCUUAAGGAAGAAGCAGGCUUCAAGAGGAGCCAUUCAGGACUAUGUCCUAGCCGGGUGUGAGUGACUCAAAGCCUGCAGACCUGUUCUGUGGAGGAGACACAACUAGAGACUCAAAAAGGGAGCAUCCUUGUGGAGUUCUCCAUAUUUUAGAACAGUAGGACUUAACAAAUAGAAACUGCCCAAACAACUCUCUGCCCUUAGCUUUCCCUGUUCACUUUCUAAAAAGUCUACCUUGGGUAGCUCUUUGAGUUCCGGCAUGACUGUGUCCAGCACGGACUUCCCGGAGAGCUACUUUGUAUAAAUCUCAAACUGCAUCCAGAAGGUUCAUUUCCUCCCAUCACUUCAGACCCUGUACACCUAUACCAUCUCAUCUCCAACCUCUGAAAGAAGGCUUUUCAAAUUUGGGUGUUUCUUUUUAACAUCUGAGAAAAGCUUCACCCUGGCACAUGGACACUCGCUCCCCUUCUAGAAUUUUGCACACACGUGCUGGCAUCCAGGACCCACUCAACUUUCCCUGUGAGUCCACUUUCUCUGCUGUCCAGUAAUUCAUCUGUUACCAAGCCCUGGAUUCCCUUCCUUCACAGCAAGGUAUGGGUGAUUGCGCAGCUGUGAAGGCUGUGCACUGCUCAAUUUGAAGAGGCACCUUUCCUGGAAAACAAUGGGUAUUCUGUGUGCUUUGGUAGUUUUAUAGCAUGGGGGAAGGAAGUACCUUAAAGGGGAUUUUCUAAUUUGUACAAAGGCAGCGUAUAGAUUUUCAAAGAUUAGUGACACCUGCAGGUUGGUUCCACCCUAGGAUGCCAGAGCUGAAAUACCAUUUCUCCUGUUCUGUAAUGAAAAUCAUGGAAAGUAUAAUUAUAAUAACAAAAGUAUGGCUGACACUUAUUUUUUAAAAGCAUAUGGUAUCAUAUUCUGUUCUGCACACUGCUUACAGGAUUAUUGCAUGCAAUUCUUAUAAUAUUCUAUGAGGUAGGCACUUAAUCCUCUGUCCCUUUUGUAGUGUCGAUCCCAUGGCAUACCUACCGGAGCCAGCUGUUUGUUAUCAUUGAAAACUCUAAAAGGUUCACCAUCACUGGUAUACAUGAAGAAAGUGAAGUAGAGAAUCAUACAGCUUGCCCAGGAAAGAUAGCCCUCAAUCCCAGCUAUUCAGCGAUGUAAUCCAUGCCAGUACUGAUACAUCCUGGUGGUACAGAGGCAGUGGGUAAAUGAAGGAGGAGGACAUGGCUCUUCUCUGUCUCUUUGCAUUUCUUCUCAGUGAGCUUGAUCCAUAUGAAGGAAACCAAAACAAUCUAUGGACCUCAGCUGCAUUUUCAAAUGGACCAGAUGGUGACUCCCUUGAGCCUCCAUUGCUCUGUCUCUUUAGCUCUGCACACAGACUGGGGUCAGUCAGUGACUGUGCUGAGCUUCACAUUGUCCUCCCCUGAACAGUGUCUGUGGAGUCAGAAUCCUAUCAAUUCCCCUGACAAACUGUGGCUUGGAGGAUGCCCAGGAAUCUUCCUGGGGCUGCUGUGAUUCUGACUGUCUCCUCCAGCUAUAGACAUUUGAAACAGUUUGAACCAGGCCACAUGGGAAUAGCUAGACUCUGGGAAAGGGAUUUAUCCAAACAUGACCCAAAGAAUCAUAUACACCUAUAUCUCCAUCCAUAAGGCACAUGUUUACUUUAUGCUGCUGCAUAUAUUGGCCACAUAACUGUACUACAAGCACUGUGUUGGAGGGUGAGUGGCUCAGGAGACCAAACACAGUUCAAAAAGUUUUAAAUUUGAGCAGAAAUCUCAACUUUUUUUUAAAAUCCCUUUUUUUUUCUGGUUGUGGAAGUUACACAGAAAAAAGUAAAAAUAAUUUGCACUUGUAGAAAAGGUGAAAAAUGAAUAACAUUAAACUUAAAAUUUCAUUAGCUUUUAUACUCUAUUAACAAUUUGUUUAAUAUCUCUUAGGAUCAUAUUGCUGUGUUACAAUGUAUAAAAUUAACAUAUUUUAAAAAGUGUACACUUGUGUACUGCUUAAUUUUACCAGUGUCCAUGUCCUCCUUAUGUAUAUAAUUGUAAGGUCAUUUCAGGACACAGCACUUCUAAUUUUUUCUUACAUUUUGUUUCAUGGAAUAUUUUCAUUAAACUGUGGUAGCUGAGUUGUUUUUCUUCACUGUAGGGACAGUCAUACCUAAGUCAUAAGUCACUGACUGUCGCAUCUCCAAACCAAGCUAGAAGCACAUUGAUGAGUUCUUCAUAAACAUCAUCCUAUAUUCAAAGCAGGAUGGCAAAGGUCUUCUCUUACUCUUCACCUCAUGUGUGGCUAUGUUUCAAUUUGGUUUGAUUAUACUCAGACUGAGAUUGUAAGAAACACCAUACCCUUCACCACAACAUUUAGUCUAUUAAUUUUUUGUCACAGAAAUAAUAAUUAAUAAAACUCCAUUUUCUUUUGUUGUUCCUGACCUUAUCCAUUUUUAAAAUCAACCACAUUGAAAAGUCAAAGACUUACAUUUUCAGUUCUGUACUGUAUUUUCUCUCAAUUCUGGCAGUGUGGCAGUAGGGAGGAGGGCGACACCUAGUGGCCUUGGUCAGAUGUAUCUCACUGGUCAGGACACUGGAGAGCUAGGCCUGGGCUUUUCCUGAGGGUAAAUGGUUGUACUAGCUGGUGCAAGUGAUACCACUUGCAGAGUCCCUGAAAAUCAAAGAAAGCAAACCACUUACCAGUUGUUUGAACAGCUGGGAUCUCAGGCCACUGCUGAGCUCCUGAACUGGUAACAAGAGAAAGAAAACAACCUAGUAAUCUCUUAGUCAAGUGGAGCAGCUGAUUGAGGCCUGCUAAGAGGUACAAGCCAGAGGUCUCAUAUCACAUGGUAAUGCAAAUUUCAUGGUGCUGUGUCUACCUUAUGUAUUAUAAAACAUUCUUUGGGGACAUACGCACAUUUAGAAGCAAAACUCUGUAAAUGCCAGAAUUUCUCAUAAAGUUAUCAGCUUUAAUCUACUGUUCUCUAACUACACUCUGAUUUAAAAAUGAUUAGUAAACUAAUCUGUGCCUUUAAACAUCAAAAAUGUUUUUGUGUGGGCUGGAAUUUGUAAUUGCCAUUCUCUCUGUAGACUUUGGUCAUAAUUUGUUCUCUCUUUUUGCUUUCAUGAAUAACUUGCAUUCUCUAACUUGUAGAACAUUAAUGCAAUAUUAAAGGAUAGUGUAUGAUGAUUUUAUUAGCCUGGACUGCUUUGAAAUCCUGCAUACAUUUACAUUUUCCUGGACAUUCUGAUAGCUCGGGCAUUCUGUUUCUUAGUAACUGUUUAAGACAUGAGAGAUAAAUAUGGUGUGUUUUGAGUAGAGGCUUCUAUUUUUUGGCUGGAUGGAUUUUCACCCUCAAUAAAGUUUUCUGUGGCAUGAA